AUGAUUUAUUUAUAAAACACAAACGCGGGACAGGAUAAACGGGAACAACAUAAACAUACACACACGCACACUGGUGAUCGCGAAUGUGGGGGGGGAUCGCAAUAAGGGUAAGAUGCACACAUGCACACACAACAAACUGGGUACAAAUGAUCAAGGAAGAAACAAUACAAUGCCUGCCACCCCUCAACUCAGUGCAGGCACAGCUCUACGUGACCGGGAAUCUACUUAGGACACUCCUAACCCUGCGGAAGUGCACACUCUUACCAAUGGUCUCUUCAGCGUUGUUUCACGAUUCCUUGGAGCAAUCAAGAGAGAGAGAACCAGGCACAUGUGGCACUCUUUAUAGUGCUGGAGGGCUGGGUGGUCCAGCCCAGGUAGUUCAAACAAGCCAAUGGCCCAAGGCCAGGUACAAAGGUGUUUACAGAGACUAAUGGUCAAGUGUGGACUGAUGGGUGGGUGGAGCCAGACCUUGAUUGACAGUGAUGUGUCUUUCGACCAGGUGAUGAUCAGUGGUGUCACGUGACAGCCGUGCCCCUUCACAAUACAGGACCACAUUUGUGGCUUCACUCUCUCCUUUGAAUAACUAAGACUUGUCGUCAAUGCCCCAACCACAUACAUCUGGAACUAUGGUAUGGGGUUGUCCGUUUCCAAUGGUGAUGAGGAGAAAUUUCAUUUCUCAGAGGGACGAGAAUGCUUGGAACUCCCUACCAGAAAGUCGUGGAUGCUCAGUCAUUGUGUGACAGACUUGGAUUGACUGAGGAGUGGAUCUACAACUAUUCUUGCUUCAGAUUCGCCCGUUCUUUAAUUAUGUCAGCCUUUGGUGAAACCACAUCUCGAGCACUGGUCUCCUUAUUUGAGGGAGGGCAUAAAUUUGAUGGAGGCUGUUCAGAGAAAGUUAACUAGACUGAUACCUCAAAUGGAUGGGUUGUCUGUUUUGUGAGGAAAGAUUGGCAGAUUUGAUGUUGCAGCUCUAUAGAACUCUGGUCAGACCACACUUGGAGUAUAGUGUUCAGUUCUGGUCACCUCAUUAUAGGAAGGAUGUGGAAGCUUUAGAGAGGGUGCAGAGGAGAUUUACCAGGAUGCUACCUGGAGAGCAUGUCUUACGAGGAUAAAUUGAGUGAGCUCGGGCUUUUCUCUUUGGAGAGAAGGAGGAUGAGAGGUGAUUUGAUAGAGGUGUACAAGAUGAUAAGAGGCAUAGAUCGAGUGGACAGUCAGAGACUUUUUCCCAGGGUGACAAUGGCUAACAUGAGGGGACAUAAUUUUAAGGUGAUUGGAGGAAGAUAUAAGGGAGAUGUCAGGGGUAAGUUUUUUACACAGAGAGUGGUGGGUGAAUGGAACGCACUACCGGCAGAGGUUGUGGGGGCAGAUACAUUAGGGACAUUUAAGAGAGCCUUAGAUAGACACAUGAAUGAUAGAGAAAUGGGGGGGGGGCUAUGUGGGAGGGAAGGUUUAGAUAGAUCUUAGAGCAGGAUAAAAUGUUGGUACAGCAUUGUGGGCCAAAAGGCCUGUACUAUGCUGUAAUGUCCUAUGUUCUGUGUUAGUCUUGUACCCACGAGUUCAGAAGAAUGAAUAGCCAUGAUUGAAACCUAUAAGGACCUUGACAGGGUGGGAGUGGAGAGGGGUGUUUCCUCUUGAGGGAGAACCUCCAUGUGGGGUGUAUGUUUAAAAAUAAGGAAGGGGUCGCCCAUUCAAUUCAGACAUGAGGUGAAAUUCUUUCUCUCAGAGAGUCUUGAGUCUGUGGCAUUCUCUUUGUCCAAGGAUCAUUGCAUACUUUCAGGCAAGGGUAGAUAAAUUUUUGAUAAGGAGAGGGUGAAAGUUACCAGGGGUAGACAGGGGUAGUUGAGGUCAGUUAAUGACAGGACAGACUGGGGGGCAGGCCGAGUGGCCUCCUCCUACUCUCACUUCAUGUGUUAGUUUACAUUCUUUUUGAGCAAUGAGGCAUUUCAAAAACACAUUACAAAACACAGCUGCAAGCUUCCUGUUGGGACUUGAGUUUCUGUAUUGGAAGAGAGUCAAGUUGGAAUCGGGUUGCAUUAAGGCUCUGUAACUACAAAAGAAUAAAAAAAAUAAGCUGCUUAUUGUUAAGUGAGUGGACUGAAACUUGUCCUGACACGGUCUUGGCUCCCCCGGAGGCUAUCAUUUCUCCGGAAAAAAGAAGGGAAGUAAUUUUCCCUCUCAAAGCUGGUGUGACAGGAGGGGAGACAGAGAAGCACCCAACCGGGACAGCGGGAGUUGGGGAAGGCGGAGACCGGUCAGAGCAUAAAUAACCCCACGUCCCCAGAGCAGCUUCAGAACACGGAUGGUUCUUCACCUUCACUCGUUAUUGCCUGGUGUGUCUCUGAGGACAUACAAGAGCCAUGUGUAAGGGCUGCCACUACCCACAGCGGGCCUCCCUGGUCCCCAGCCUGUCGCUGGAAUACAGGGGCGGCCCGUUCCUGAAAAAGCAGAGGAGCGUCGAGCCAGAGAUCUUCACGUUCGACCCAAUCGCCGAGGUCAAACGCCCCGCUCCGGCCAAUGCCCGGACUCCGGGAAGGCGCCGGGCUGUUAAAGUCCUCUACCCGGCACAGGUCAGGAAGUAUCUCCCCCCUAAGAAGAAGGACUGGGUCAAGAGGAUCCUUCUCCUGUUCCUGUCCAUUGUCGUGGUCCAGGUGUACGGAGCCACCGAGACCGACGAGGAAGUCGUCAAUGCGGCUGCCCUGCCCGUGGCUCCAGUCGACGUGACUCGGUCGUUGCCCACUAACGGGUCCGCCCUCCUGAUGUCAAACCUGCCCGUUAUGGAGGCAAGCGGCGACUCCUCAGUGGUCGGCAUCCCACAGGGCAGAGUCGUUGAGUGCGUCGGCCGGCUGUCCGGAGGGAAUGGAUCAUCCCCCCAACGGGACAGUCCCUGGGGACUUCCCAAUCAACUGUACGUCGUCUUGGCCCUCUGUGGGGUCAGGAGUUGGGACGUCCCAAAAUUCAGUGCCGUCGUCCAGUGAGGAGAGGACGCAGACCAGAGGAACUCUGGAGCUCGGGAGUUUGACUCAAACUCCCCGAGCUGAACGAGAUGAGCCACGGUGUCAAUGUAGCCGCGAAGGUCCACCGCUGAAGACUGAGAGGGGAGGUGGACAGAUCUUUCCAGGUCUUGUGAGGACUUGGGACUUGAGUAUCAGAGGGCACUCCCUGAGGAGGAAAUGCCUGUUAAACAUUGACCAAUUUAUAACUUCCACAAUCAACAGUCUACACCCCCAGCAAUCCUGGGACAGUUAAUCCCCACCCAUCCUGUAAAUUAACUAGUCUUACUUAUCUAUUGUUCUAUUUAUGUGCUUGCUGUGUGAGCGAUUUUUGUUUGAUUGAUACAAAUUUAAUGUAUUUUGAAACACAGACCGUUCAGGACUCGCUUUGAGAACCUGUUUGUAAACUCAUUAACAGACACAAGUUUAAACCACAUUCUCAGUAUGUUCUGUGAACACGUUAAAUAAAACAUAAU